GUAAUAUUAGAGCAAUUGUUAGGUUUAAGAGUCCACAGGAAGCCGGGAGCACCAAAAACACUCUGAAAUCUGGCAGCUCUUGUUUCUCGUUUCCCGCCAUGGAAGCAAUGGAAAUCGACGCAGAGAAAAAUCUUCAGAGAAAGCAAUCGACCUAUCUCUCCUUGGAUGAGACGUUUGAGAUUCAGAAAGAAACAUACAGAGGCCAGCAAUACAGCCAAAUUUACUUUGCUCGUCUCCACUUGAUGAGAACUCUGCUCUAUUCUCUUGUUCCGCAUUGGAAAUCCCAUUUAAAAGUUUGUACAGUUUUGGGAUUGGAAGAAGAGAAGGAAUGCAUCAUUGUUGGAACUCUGUAUAAGCACAUGAAGCUUAAACCCUGUAUUCUUGAUGAGUACUCUAAGGAGAGAUCUGCAGUGCCACUGGUCAAGCCUCACAAUUUUUUGCACCUGGAUGAUCAUUUGGUAUUGGAAGAUGAGAGUGGAAGAGUUAAGCUUGGAGGAGACAUGCUUUCACCUUCUUCAUAUGUCACAGGUGUUGUUGUUGCUUUGCAUGGAAAAGAAACUGGUUCUGGUGACUUCUUGGUUCUUGAUGUCCUUGAAGCUGGCCUGCCACCACAGAUAGAGCUGCCACUUCAGUCAAGAGAAGACAAGUAUGUUGUUUUCGUUUCCGGGUUGAAUGUUGGGAGCAGCACAUCUAACCCCCUUCAAUUUCAGCUUCUUGUUGAUCAUAUAACAGGACAUCUGGGAGAUGAGAAGGAACAAGGUAUUGCAUCACAGAUAGUUCAUGUCGUGAUUGCAGGAAAUUCAGUUGAAAUUCCCAGUGGACUUCUUAAUGGACAGAAUUUGGCGUCAAAGGAUCAAUCAAGACUAUCUGAGCCAGUCAAAGAGCUUGAUAUAUUGUUGUCUCAGAUUGCUGCAGGUGUGCCUUUGGAUAUCAUGCCUGGACCCAAUGACCCAGCAAAUUUUUCCUUACCUCAGCAGCCUCUGCACAGAUGCCUUUUCCCAGGAUCAGCAGCUUAUAACACUUUUAGGUCUUGUACUAAUCCUCAUUGCUUUGAGCUUGAUAACAUCAGAUUUCUUGGAACGUCAGGUCAGAAUAUUGAUGAUCUGGAGAAGUAUUCAGAGGCAAAGGAUAAGCUUGAAUUUAUGGAAAGGACAUUAAAGUGGAGGCAUCUGGCACCAACAGCACCUAAUACUCUCGGGUGUUAUCCUUUCACCGAUAGGGAUCCUUUCCUGAUUGAGAGCUGUCCUCAUGUGUAUUUUGUUGGUAAUCAGGAUAAAUAUGGAACUCGUGAGUUAAGGGGUUCAGAAGGGCAGUUGGUAAGACUCCUUUCCAUUCCAAAAUUCUGUGAGACUGGAGUUGCUGUCAUGCUUAACAUGAAAAGUCUUGAAUGCCACACUCUUAGUUUUGGGACUCAAUUUGGCUCAUAAGGACAUGGUAAUGGCUAUCUGGUGGCAUCCUCCUGGUUGAUAGUCUCUAGCUUGGAGAAAAUUUGCAAAUUUAAGCUUUGAGAAUUUUGGUGAGCCUUCUGAUGAGUUGCAGUUCUUAAGAAGCUUGCAUUUGACAGCAAGGAAACUGGAAAUCUGUGAAAGUUCCCCAAAAGAGAUUUUCUAAGUGUACCAACUAGACUAACUUUAUUUGGUCAAUUUCGCCAUUAAUGUAAUACUAACAUUUAUGAGAUGUGUCAGUUGGGAAUAUACAGCCAAAGGUUUUUGUUUAUUUAUUUUCUUAUCAUUUGGCUGUUGCA